UUUACAUAGAAAUGGCGGAAUACACACGGCGAACUGAGUGAGAAAGGUGGUGACUUUAGCCUGCAAAAGCGGGAGAUUCAUUCAAAGGAAAAAAGAACUGGAUGGCAUUCAGGUGAUGAGGAAUAUGAUGAUCUGAAAUGGAGGGCAAGGAGGUGCUGCUGGACUACCUAGCGGGUGCCAUUUCUGGCUCUGCAGGGAUGGUGUUUGGACAUCCGCUGGACACAGUCAAGUGUCAGAUGCAGGUGCAGCAGGCUGGGAACCAGUACAGGGGAGUCUGGGACUGCUGCCUCACCAUACACAGACAGGGACUGUCAAAGGGAUUCUUCCGAGGGCUGUCAUGGCCGCUGUUUUCCUACGGACUUGUCAACUCAGUUUUUUUUGGCACAUAUGCGAACACGCUAAAGCUCCUGGGUGUGCGGACCUCGGAACAUUCGGCCCCAGAGUUUCUGCCUAUCUGUGUAGCCGGUAGUGUCGGGGGGUUGGCACAGCUGGGUGUGUCCGUACCCGUGGAGGUGAUGAAAGUUGUACUGCAGUCCCAGAUUCCUCACCCUGAUACACACCACAAAACACUAGCGAUCAACAGGGACUACUACACAGGACCUCGUGAAGGUGCCCUGGACAUAGUGCGUUCCAAGGGUCUGCGGGGGUUGUACCGGGGAACCAUCUCACAGAUGUACCGGGACAUUCCCGCAUCCGUCUCCUACUUCCUCAUCUUUGAAUACUGCUCCUUCUACAGUCACAGGUAUCUGCCCUCCCUCAACAGCCAGCUCAUGAACUUCAUGUCAGGGGGUGUGGCAGGGGUGCUAAGCUGGACCCUCAUCAUGCCAUUCGACGUGAUCAAGAGUCGCGUGCAAGCUGACGUCAAGGGGAACAUGUUCUCCGGAGUGUGGGAUUGUGCACUGAAGAGCGUUCGUAACGAGGGGGUGGCUGUUCUGUUCCGUGGGUAUUCUGCUGUCGCCACACGGGCAUUCCUUGUUAAUUCGGUCACCUUGUUAGCAUAUGUUGAACUGUUGAAGGCUUUUGGAUUGCGACAACAUAUGGGAAGCUAGUUUAACAUUUAUUUGUGAAAGCAAAGCUGUUUUCAAUCUUUAUGAAAUUUUCAUUUUGAUAGAUUGACCCUACUUUUUGCUCAAACCUACAAAUUACUCAAACCUUCUACAUUUAAUAUCCAAUCAGGUUCAGAAACUAACAUUUUUUAUAUGGUUGCCUUUUCUUUCAAUACUUUUUAUACAAACAACAUGGGAGUUUUUUUUAGAAAACCUUGGGGCUAAUUUACUUCUGUUAUUGCAAGCCAGGCAUAAGGCAUGCUGUUUACACACAUGAACAGUUGUUAUGCCCCCAGAUGGAAUGAUCGAGGGUAUAUUGUUUUUGGCCUGUCUGUCUGUCUGUUUGUCCCAAAAUUUUAACCGUGGUCAUAACUUUUGCAAUAUUGAAGAUAGCAACUUGAUAUUUGGCAUGCAUGUGUAUCUCAUGGAGCUGCACAUUUUGAGUGGUGAAAGGUCAAGGUCAUCCUUCAAGGUCAAAGGUCAUUAUUUCUAAAAUAGCUGCCAUGCAGCUUCAAAGCAGCACAGUAGGGGGGCAUUUUGUUUCACAAGCACAGCUCUUUUUGUUUCUUUAUGUUGAAAUAAUUGUUUACAAGGAGCAGGGAGAUUUACUUGAGCAAUCUUAGGGAAGACAAACAUACAUAUUUUAUUUGGAAUAUUAUUUAGCCUUUUGGUUCUGUAUAUGCAGCCUAUUUAAAGUUUCAUUGACUUUGUUAUUUUUUAAAGAAAAUAAUUUUAACUCAAGUGAGACAUCAACUAAAACUGUAUGCAUCUACAACACAAUAAAAGGAAUAAUACUGUACAUAUCAGACAUUUCCGUAAUAGCAGAACAAAUCUAGGAAGGCACCCAAGCAACUUUGAAUUGUUGAUAUCUUUUCAAUUAAUCGCGUCAGACAUCAUUAAGGAGAGCAUGAUAUUUUUGCAAUAAUUUUGAAGAAAAUCCUUAAACACAUACUUUCCUUAACUAAUAGACACAGAAAUACUGUUUCCAAAAUAUGAGGGUGGAAAAAUCAAUAAUAAUGGAUAAAACUAAAGGAUAGAAAGAAUCAUUUUUGUUAAGUUUUCACAAUAUCCUCCUGUAUAAAACAGUACGAUUGGUUGUAUAGGAUUAUUACUGUGAAACCAUUAUUAAUCGUCAGGCAUUAAUUUUCAUAAAUUUCGUCAGUCGACCGAUCGGCGAAUUUAAGAUCCUAACACCAAUCAUGCUCUAUGUUUUAACAAAAACAAACUCUGAGUUGAACAAUAUUUUAAAACUUUACCGUAGACAUGAGGCAUUAAAUUCCAACAUAAUCCAUGCACACAUUCACUGCUGUUUCGUAAUCAAGAUUAAUCGGGUUUUGACACAAAGGGAUGUAGAUUACACAAGGUACUUAACUGACACGUUACACUUCUUUACACGCGUGUGCAGUACAGCUGUAUUGAAUGCGUUGACUUCGUUUAUGUAGAAUGGUAAUGAAUUAGCGCUAAUUGUUUAUAACUUUAUUACCCAUUAGGUGCAUUGUGUUUUUCAGGGGUGUUGCAUAUUAGCCAUCACGCAGCGAAUGCCGAUGAAAGACAAUAAACCAAAUGAAAAGAUGACGAUGUGUGAUCAACAUGCGUAUUUAUCACAAAUUAAUAAAGAAUAUUUUAAUUGCUGUUUGUUGUUUGAUUGUUUGCGUUUAACCACACUUAUUACUAUUUUAAAUGUAUCAAUUUAUUUUUUUUUAAAUUAUUGACAUUAUUGAUUUAUAUACCGGUAGUUUACUUUUUAAGAACAAACACACACAUAGAGUUUAUAAUUUUAAUGUUGAUAUCAGAAUAAAAAAGCAUUUUAUUUGAAAAAAACCCACUUAACAAACUGGAACUUCUUUCGUAUAACACAAACAGUUUUAAAACGGUAUUGAUAGCAUUUUAAUUAAAAUCAUACCAACUAGAAUUACGAUUGUUAUCAGUAUGGCAAUUAUAAUAAUAGAAAAAGACUAAUAGGCAAUUGGCUUCGUUGUUACAAACACUCGUUAACGGUUAUUCGAUCCCACUUGUCCGCUAAUCAUAACAAUGAACGUGUGAAUGGCAUACAUUAAGAGGGUCCAUUACUGUCCCUCGAUAACAUAAGACUAGUUAAUUGGCAUGUGACAAACAGGCCCCACCUCCUGCAGUGAUUCUCAAGUGUGUUCCCGCAUUCGUACGAUUUUUCGCAACUGCGUUUGAUCGCGAAUAUGUAUUACACACAAAUCAGAUAUUGACUGACGCAUAUUUUUUUUCAAUCAGAAAUCAACGAAUUUAAGUGCUGACGAAAUCGUCAUUUUUAUAAAAAUGACGAAAUUUUGUGCUGUCGAAAAUAAAUGGUUUCACAGUAUAUCAAUGAUUCAUGUUUUUGUAUUCCAAACAACAUACAACCAUGAAUGGGAAAAUAUAUGAAAGAACUUAUGAUUAUAUAAUUAUGUUCCUUAAUGAAUAAAAUUACUGGUAUUUUUAUUAAAAUGUCUAUGGAAUUUUAUUUUACUCUAAGCGUUAGAUCAAUACAUGUGUAACAUAUUUUUAUCUAACGUGAGCACAAUGUGUUAAUGGUGAACUUUUGUGAUCGCCUUUUGUCUGACGUGCGGUGUCAAUAUAGCCUUUGUUAACUUGCAAGUUCUUCUGAAACUUGAAUUCUUAUUUGUUAUUCACCAUCUGUUUUUGAAAUUUUAAUGAGAUUGUACAUGGCGGUUUUGAAGGAAGGCUCUAAGAUAUAUUUGGGCCGUGCUCUGUUAAAAGGGGGUUUAAUGCAUGUGCGUUAAGUGUCGUCCCAGAUUAGCCUGUCUAAACUGGAGUUUUGCUACAAAGAGACUUUCUUGAAACCAAAAAAAUCAAAAGUGGAAAGUGUCGUCCCUGAUAAGCCUGUACAGACUGCACAGGCUAAUCUGGGAGGACACUACGCACAUUCAUUAAACCCUCUUUUCACAGAGCACAGCUCAUUUGUAGAACUUACUUUAAAUAGGAAAUCAUAUUGUCGACAAUGGUAUUAUAACUGUAGUUUGGUUGUUAAAGAGAAGCGCAAUCCAGGUUUAACCUUGAACUAAAGUGCUUUUUUGUAACAAAGGACCAUAAUAAACAACAAUAACAAUAAUGAUGCCAUCUUAAGAAUGUGAACAUUUGCGCAAUUGGCGUCGUCGUGCCAAAAUCACAAUACCUAUGUACAUUUUCAAUAAAAUUAUAAAAGUCAAUUAGCUUUUUCAAAAUGUUGUAGGUAAAUGCUCACAAGUUCAACCAACUUGAUGCAUUUAUUUGAUCCCAUAUGUACAUUUAUGUUUCACACAUGAAUUUAAUUCUUUACUUGUUAAAUUCUCAAGUUUAUAUGAUUUAACUUGCAUGGCAUUACUGUUGAUGUUAACAUGGACAUGUCUGUAUUUAUGUACAUACGUUUCUUUCCAGGUUUAAGUGAAUUUAUGGCAUUUAUGUAUACAUAUUUCUUGAGUACCAGUAAUUACACAUGUAAUUAUCAAUGAUAAAACAUUUACUGUCUUCAAUAUUCAUUGAAUACAUGUAUUUUUGACUGCUGAAUAAUGGCCAAAUAUAACUUGAAUGGUUUGUAGAAAUUAUCCACCAUAUUGCUAUCAAUUGUGAAUAUUUUUAAUUUGAGAAAUUUAAUUGUGUAAAUUGUGUUUAUUUUUAUAUUAGAUUUACACUUAAUAUGUUCAUAUUUUUUUAAAUAAAUUCGUAAUAUUCAAGUUUUGUCAUAAAAAUAUCACAGAUCAAUAAUAUGCAUCUUCAAAACCCCACUGAUUCAGUUUGUAACAAAACAAAAAUGCAACAAAUACAAAAUCUUAUCAAAUGACAAAUUAGCAUCUUGUAUCAGACUUAUCCUUGAUUAUGAUUGGACAUAACACGUACAGGUAAUCCAUCAUCUUUCCUGGGUAAAUGCACUCUAUAGAGAUAGGAUAGAAUUCACACAAAAGUAAAUGUGUAUUAUAUGAAAAGGGAGAUAACAAAUUGACCUUUAUUACAUCAAGUUUAUCUGUGACAGAAUGGAACAAUUUGAACAAACUUCAUCAUAUUUUAUCAGUAAUCUAUCUAUAUUAUAUAGACUAAGCCAAUCAUACAACUACAAACAGUGCAUAUAAGAUUUGCAAAUUGAGUAUAAAUUACAGCUGUCUGAUGCAAAUAUCUGCGUUUUUUUGCACAUGUAAACAAUAUUUUAUUAUCAAUUUGACUUGAUUUUCAGUAUAUGUCUUUCAUGCAGAACCCUUAACUACUAUGAUUAGUAUUUUGACACCUUUGUAGUUCCUUAUAAAGAUAAAUUUAAUUUAAGACCUUUCUUACUAGAUUCAAAUUAUAAAGGCUUUAUUUCCAACCCUUAGAUACUGAUGAGCAGCAAACAUCAUAAAAUCUGAACUGACUGCAAGUUACUCGCAGGCUGUUAUGGUUUUAUAAUGUUUGCACAUAGCCUUUUCACUUUGCUUUUGAGUGGUAAAGGGUUUAAUGUAUCAUUAUAUUUAUAAAAUCAACUGUCGAUGAAAAGACAAUUACUGAAACAAAUAUUAAUAAUUUAUACGAACUGUUAACAUAUAUUUUGAAGUCAGAAUGUGCUUUUAUGUAUGCAUGUAUUUACUACAAUCGCUAUAACAACAACUGCUUGACGUUCAAAUCAUUCAUACACUUAAAAGGUGCAAAUAUAAUAAAUAAAAAUUACAAUAUUAAAAAUGGUCAACACUU